AAAGCCUGCAGGGAGAGCAGAGGGCGUGACAUGGCCGUGCGGGUCAAGGUACUUAACCCCGCGAGCAGACUGCUGCCCCCUCGACGUGCGCACUUUGUAAUCCCUCCCUGUCAUCCCACACACCACAGACAGAGACAGCUGCGAUUCAUUUACUUGCCUACUCACGACGUUCCCUUGUAGCUUGUCGUUUCCCUCUUCCCACCUCUUCAUCUGCACAAAGUAACACAACAAAGACUCGACCCUACUCCACCGCAACCUCGACCUCCACUUUCCCCGCACCCACUGCGACCAUGGCAGAGUAUCGCGAGGUACCCAUCUACGACAUUCCCUUGCGGCUGCAGGGAAAGGACGACAAGGUCCACAAGAGGCCAAAGCCCCACAUCGAUGCUGCUACCUACAAGUCCAACUACCAGGCAUCCAUUACAAAGGUCGAUGAAUUCUGGGGAAAGCUCGGACGUGAGACAAUUGACUGGGAUGUGCCAUUCAAGACUGUUCGUCAUGGGGAUUUCGAAAAGGGAGACGUAGCCUGGUUCCCCGAGGGACAGCUCAAUGCUUCCUACAACUGUGUGGACAGGUGGGCCUACAAGUGCCCGGACAAGACUGCCAUUAUCUGGGAGGCCGACGAGCCUGGACAGGGCAAGGAGAUCACCUACAAGGAGCUCCUUUCAGAGGUAUCUCAGGUAGCCAAUGCUCUUCUCGACAUGGGCAUUCGCAAGGGAGAUGCCGUUAUCGUCUACCUUCCCAUGAUUCCCGAGGCAGCCAUUGCCCUUCUGGCCUGUGCCCGUAUCGGAGCUGUGCACUCGGUAGUCUUCGCCGGCUUCUCCGCCGACUCGCUCCGUGACCGGACCGUAGACUGUGACGCCCGAGUUGUCAUCACUACAGACGAAGGCAAGCGAGGAGGACGAACCAUUGCGACCAAGUCGAUUGUCGAUGCUGCUCUCAAGGAGUGCCCCAAAGUCGAGCACUGCCUGGUCGUCAAGCGAACCGGUUCCAACGUUGAGUGGCAGGAAGGCCGUGACAAGUGGUGGCACGAGGCCGCUGCUGCGCAGCGCCCCUACUGCCCACCUGUUCCCGUGAGCUCCGAAGACCCCCUCUUCAUCCUGUACACCUCUGGCUCCACUGGAAAGCCCAAGGGAGUGGUGCAUACUACUGCUGGAUACCUGCUUGGCACUGCGCUCACCGUCAAGCACAUUUUCGACGUCCACGAGGACGACAGGUUCGCUUGCAUGGCCGACGUCGGAUGGAUUACUGGCCACUCGUACAUCGUCUACGGACCUCUCAUGAACGGUAUCACGACUUUGAUCUUCGAAUCGACCCCCGUUUACCCUACUGCUUCGAGAUACUGGGAGGUGGUUGCAAGGCACAAGAUCACGCAAUUCUACACAGCCCCUACUUCAAUUCGUCUCUUGCGUCGCCUUGGAGAGGAGCACGUGCAAGGCCACGAUCUGAGCUCCCUGCGAAUCAUCGGCACAGUAGGAGAGCCCAUUAACCCCGAGGCUUGGGACUGGUACAAUGAAAACGUCGGAAAGAAGGAGUGCGCCGUCGUUGACACCUACUGGCAGACUGAGACAGGUGCUCACAUGAUUGCGCCCUUCCCUGGUGCAACCAAGACGAAGCCUGGAGCGGCCACUGUGCCCUUCUGGGGUGUCGAGCUGGCUCUACUGGACCCCACUUCGGGACAGGUGCUGGAAGGCAACGAGGUCGAGGGUGUCUUGGCCGUCAAGCAGCCAUGGCCCUCCAUGGCCCGAACUAUCAAGGGAGAUCAUCAGCGAUUCCUGGACGUGUACAUGAAGCCCUACCCCGGCUACUACUUUACCGGUGACGGUGCAGCAAGAGACAAGGACGGCUACAUCUGGAUCAAGGGAAGGGUCGACGACGUCUGCAACGUCUCUGGUCACCGUAUUGGUACCGCCGAAAUCGAGAGCGCCCUGAUCCAGCACCCAGGUGUCUCAGAGAGCGCCGUUGUGGGUGUCCCCGAUGAGGUGACAGGUCAGUCCAUCUGUGCCUAUGUGGCUCUCAAGCCUUCCUUCUCGUACGACUCAGAGGACGCCUUGGUCAAAGAGCUGGUGCUGCAAGUCAGGAGAAACAUCGGUCCGUUUGCCGCUCCCAAGAUGAUCCUCAUUGUGAAUGACCUGCCCAAGACGAGGAGUGGAAAGAUCAUGAGGAGGAUUCUGAGGAAGAUUGCCUCCAAUGAGGCAGACCAGCUAGGCGACCUGAGCUCGCUGGCUGACCCUUCAGUUGUGGAGAAGCUCAAGGGCGACUGGCUCAAGAAGGCUGGCAAGAAGUAAAGGAGGGGGCAAGCAGGGCACUGCACAGAAAAGCAAGAAGUGAAGGUCAGGCAGUCUUUGAUUCGAUGUUCAUGCUAAGCUUUGAGGAUCCG